CUCCGUUGCUCAGCUCGAACUGAUUCCGUCCGAUUCCGACGUCGUAGUAAUAACUUGUUUGGUGGGCAGUACGCACAGUCCAGUCCAGCGGAGAACCAGUGCCAGUUCCAGGCCCGCUCUCUACUCCCCAACUCUAAUCCACGCGAAGAUCGCAUCGAAAUCUAAUCGGCUCAGUAGGGUUACCUAUUCCCUGCCAGAUAAUGCGUGGGCAGGAAUGCCCGAGUAUGUAGCUCUAAUCGCGGCAAACAACUGGCAAGUGGAUCAACCGGUGGCAGUGGGCCAUACUUAUACUCGGUGCCCAGAUAAACAAAUUCCGCUAAAAGGCAGUCCGCUUUUAAUUGCUACCGUUCGCUGGAAGUGGCCGCGGAAACUAAGCCACCCCAGAUACGGACAGCCCAUACGGACAGAUACGGACAGCCCAUACAGCUGGGCAGGAAAACUCUAGUUCAGUUCGGGUGGAGGAAAACCAGCUCUAUCACAGCUACAACAACGACUCCAGCUGCAGUUAAUACAACAACAAUAACAACAACAGCCAGUGCGCGAUCGAGCCCACAAAAGAGACGGCGACAAAACAAAGAAGCAGGCGAACAAAGAACGCAAGGCAACAAAAAGAACUGAACAGAGGGAGACAGAGGAACCAGCGCCAGAUACAAGAUACAAAACACAAAAUACCAGAUACGAAACGAGUCUGUCGCAGCAUAGAUACAUAGGUAGUGCAUCCAGCAGGAGCGUCUGGGGGAACGGAGACCCGAAAAAAUAUCCAAUAAAUCCAAAAAACGGCCACUCAACACGACGACUGUGUUCAGCCAGCGUAAACACGACGAAAUUGUUAAUUAAGACGCCAAAUGUUUGGCAGACUUCGAAAGUGCAGAGCAGCGGAGUAAACAGCGAGAGAGAGAGUGCGCGGUAGAUAAGCGAAUCCGAAUCGCUCAGCGUGUGGGUGCAGUUCGUCUCUGGGAGAGUGGUUCCGUUUCCAACGUAGCGCGCACGUUUGCGUUGCCCACCGAAAAAACAGCUGGUGCCCCAAAGCUCAUUUCAACUGCAUGCCGAUCGAGUCGGCGCUCUCUGCUGCUGCCGCUCUCCCGCUCAGUCCCACCCACCCACUCGCCCCCGGCUAACGCUAGGCGCCCCCGCAUCACGUUAUCAGUCAAUGCCACUUUUCUGCAACCAAUUCGGGAGAGCGCAGUGGAAAGUCUGAGCCAUUGGACUCCAAAACUUGCUGCAUUCAAAUAUCAAGCCCGCUCAGUCACAGUACAAUGCCACACGCCAAAGACCCUGAGGUGGCCCAGCCUCCUAGGCAAGAGGCCGAUCGAACUGUCCCCCCACCUCCACCCAUGAUCAAAUCCCUCACUCUUAACUCGACACGAAGCAGGGCGGGCACAGGAAACUUUGGAGGCUACAACAUGACGAACGGAGCCGAGAAGCCCACUGUGCUGCAGAUGAUACUGGAGGCCUUGGGCCUGCGCAAUCAGGCACAAAACCGCGAACCAACGUCCAAGGAUAUCGGAACCCUGAUAAUGCUGGGCGUAAUGUUUCUGCUCUUUGUAAUCAGCGUGACCGGAUUCUUUGUAAUGUGGUUCACCGAGUAUUACAACAACACCAUGCUGGAGAAUCUGAUUCUCGCCGAGAACUCGGACACAGCCAAAAGUUGGUUAAACCCCGAUCCAAAGUAUGAUACUUUGCUGAAGGCACACAUAUUUCACUACCCCAACAUCGACGACUACUUGGCAGGGCGUGCAGAUAAAAUUAAGGUCGUGGAUAUGGGUCCUCUAACUUACCAAGAACACACUGUCAAAGAUGAAGUUUCCUUUAAUAAAAACUUUACAGUUAGCUUCAGGGACCGAAAGUCCUAUAAGUUCCUGCCGGAUAAAUCUACCAUUGCGGAGGACCAAGUGGUAAGGGUGCCGAAUGUACCACUUAUUUCUGCCGCCGGACCUGUUAAGCGUAUGAAGGUGAUUGAACGCCUACCUGUCACCGCUCUGAUCAAACAAUAUAAGGAGCCGCUCUUCAAGAAUCUCACAGUUUUCGAUUAUCUUUGGGGUUAUGAGGACAACAUCAUUAAGCUAAAGUCUCUGGGCAGAGGCAGGCGAAGAUUUGGUCUUCUAAUGAGCCGCAACGGGACCAGCGUGGAUUCAGUUCAGCUCAACACGGGCGAGGACGACAUCACCAAGUUCAGCAUCAUCACCCAGUUUAAUGGGAUGCCCCAAUUGGACUAUUGGGAGGGGGAAGAGUGCAAUCGCAUCGACGGAUCCGAACCCUCGAUGUUCUCACCGCACUUGCUGCAGGACCGCAGCACUGUAAAUGUAUUCCUCCAGGUCCUGUGCCGCAAGGUUCCUCUGCACUUCGAAAAGGAGGUCACCAUCUACAACGACAUUGAUGUCCUGCGCUACCGCACACCAAUGGAUGUAUUUGACCAUCCCGACAAUAAUUCUGCAAACGCGUGCUAUUGCCAGAACACAGAGCUCUGCCUGCCCAGCGGAGUGAUCAACGCCACCAAGUGCUACGGCGAUGCGCCCAUUUUUCCCUCGUUCCCACACUUCUUUACCGGGGAUCCGAAGCUAUACGAAGACUUUGAAGGUAUCAAACCCGACGCAGACUUGCAUCAGACCUAUGCCGACAUUCAUCCAAGAUUCGGCUUUCCCAUUAGCGGAGCCUCACGCGUCCAGAUCAACAUAAUGCUGGACAAGACGCCAAUACUGAGAAAUCAGGGAGGGCGACUGAGGAACACAACCAUCCUUCCCCUGAUGUGGAUCGAGAUCACCUCGGGUGAUUUCUCCGAGGAGGUGCUCCAUACGUUGUACAUAAGCACCUUUGGCCUGAAUGCCAUUCAGCAGACCCUCAAAUACGGCACCCUGCUCAUAUCGGUGACAUCGUUCAGCCUGAUCGUGGCCGGAGUCUACUACCUGAACAGCAGGCGGGAGGAGCAGCUCCAGGAGAGCAAGUCCUCUGCUGAGCUGGAAGCACUCAAUGGCGAGAUCGUCGUCGUGCAUCACAUCGACAUGCCCGUUCCGCUGCCCGUGCAAGAGGGUAGCAACCACCGAGCGAAAUAGUGCCAUUAGUUAGUUGGGGGCGGGUAGGGGGAAAGUUUUUCAAACUGAGAUUUUCGAAUUUGUCAACGCUUAUCAUAGAAUAGUCCUUAAACAAAGAGUCGCCAGUUACCUUUAGUCUGUAGUGAUUUGAUGUAUAGAUUUGUAGAAAUGUUCAAUAAACUGUUUAUU